GCUUCCUGGUUGUAGCUGUCAAACCCAGGCUAGAUAACAGCCGAUGUCCUCAGUCGCCGCCCAGCAUCGCCCCGAGCGAGAUUUCCUCCGACACAAAAGCAGAGAAGCUGUAAGUGAAACGCCUCAUGUACCGCGAAGUGAGUCCUGGACCUUCUUAGAGGGUCCGAGAGGGUUUAGACCCCGGGUUUUAUCGGCAGGGAGCGGUAGAGCAGGACCUCGGAGCUCUCACCAUGACAACCAUGAAAUAAUCUCCUGUGUGUGUGUGUGUGUGUGAUCUCCAGGCUAAUGUGUGUUCGGCUGUUGUUGUGUGAAACCAUCCUCUCUGAGCUCCCACAGACGGUCUGUGUCUGUGGGGACAGUCUGUGUCUGUGAGGACAGUCUGUGUCUGUGAAGACCAGGCUCUCUGCUGCUGGUUUCCUUACAGGAUCUCCAGGUCAGAAAAAAAGGCCACUUCCUGAUGUGAGGGCAGAACCACCGUAAUAAAACUGAUAUGAUAGCGUUGAUCGUUAUAUGACCACCUGCUGCUGCUGUCGUGGAUUUAUGUCAGAGUCAAACUCAGAAAUACUCCGAGUGUAAAGAGAGAGAGAGGAGUGGGAUUAAAUCCUGGAUGUCAUUACUGAACAGAGUCACAGAUCCAGACCGAGGUGGAGGUCUGCUGGGUAAUCCCAGGAUGAGUCUGCGUCUUCAUGGUCUUAGUAGAACAGAAGGUUUCUUAAAUACUCUGAACAAACGCUGAGUUUCUCUGUUAUAGUAACCCUGUUAUCCCUCCCUUUACUUCGGUCCAGGUCUCACAUAUGUGGACAAAUGUCCGUUUUUCAUUGAAGAUAAAGAAAUGCAGGUUCACUGAGUGGAAACAGCUGAGCAACAGUGGACCAGGAUCCAGGGAUGCUGGGGUCCAGAAUGUUCAGUUCUGGACUCUGGGAUGUGAUUAAGGGACAGGGCUGAACUUAAUAACUACUACUCUGUUACAUGGCAACAGCAGAAGAGGGUCCUUAAAUGUUGGGUUCAGACUCUGGAUGGAGGUUUUCCAAAGACUCCCCUCAGAGUCAUGUAAAGAUCCUACAGAGAGGAACAGAACCAGCUCUGACGGUGGGUGCGGGGGUGUUUGGCUCUCUUUUAGGCGUGGUUUUGUCCCUCUGAUAGUUUCUAAAGAGGCUCAGUCACGUGUCUCUAAAAGAGGCAGCCCCCUCUACAGUCAGGAAGCCCCCUCUUGUGCUGACUCAUAAUGAGUGUGCGGGUCCAGGAGUGAAAGGGGGCCGCUGUGUGAAAGAGCACGAAGAGUUAAAUUUCUUUUGGUUCAGCUCCUUCAGUCUUCCUCCAGGCUCAUUGUCGUCAUGUUUGUUCCCGGUCUGGAAUUAAGACCUGACUGUGACAGGCUGCAGGUCUGAGUCUGAUGGUUCAGGUGGUUUUGGGGGCAGAGGUGUGUUUUUAUUAUUCAGUUAUGAAGUAAGAUGAUAACUGCUUCAUCCUCUGAGUUGACCCAGUCCUUCACUGUAAGAACUCUGUUAACACACCGACACAGACCGUGCACUGCGCUCAUGUAUGCACUGCCUGCAGCACCAUGUCUGCAGUUGAAGUGAACAGUUGAACAGGUUAGUCCAGACCCUCAUCUGCCUAAAACAAGUUAAACUUUGACUGUCAGCCCUCAUCGUCGUCCUGCGCUCAGAGCAGGUCCAGUUGGACAGUUUGGUCGGACGCUGUCAGUCAAAGUGUGGAUCUGAUGUUGAUGUCACUGACCUUUGUGCCAUCUGUAGCUGUGUUGAAUUAAAAUGCAUUAGAAUCUGCUCCAGCGUAUGCCGCUCCCUGGAAAGCUGCAUUCGAACCUUGAUUUAAAUUCUUUAUUUGGAGCCGCCCCUGCUGGGAUUGGAGGCUCUGCCAGAGCGGGCGUCAUGUUCAGCUCAUUAUGGUGCUCAGGGUCAUUAUGAAAACCUGGAAACAUUAUCCUGCAAAUGUUUAUCCUACUGUCUGCCACCAAAGAUGUUCAGGAGCUUCAUUACCGUUUAGAGCCAAAAAGUCACCGACUAACGCUGUUAGAUUCCUGUACAGUGACUCUGACAGGAAACGGUAGAAGCUGGAGGGGAAAUGAAAACAACAUUUUAUUUACUAACUAAUACUUUCAGAUGUAAAAGUGUUUCUGUCGAUGAUCAAACACUUGAAAUAAUCCAGAAACAUGAAAAAAACCUUAAAAAAAACUAGUGUCAGUGUCGACGUUUGUGCCGGACCACACGGUGGUUCUUCAGCUCUCUUCAGGUCUGGAUCAGUCUCAGGACAAACUCAGACCUCAGCGAGCGUCUGCAGUUUCUUUUCUGACUUUUUAAUGUAAAAUUAAAGAAUAUAAAAAACAGGAAUCUAUGAGUUUAUAAAAGAAGUGAUUAUCAUGUCUCUGUGUGGUCCUCUGAAGUCUGUCCUCUUCAGCAGAUAUAACCUCUGAUAUUAACACAGUGUUCAGCUGUCUCUGAACUGUCCACUUCCACUCUGUUUUGGACCCUCCCACCCCCCUGACUGACUGACUUCUCCUCCCUCUCCUCCUCCUCCUCCUCCUCCUCCUCAGUUGCAUGCUUCCUUCACAUGAUCAGCUGUUAUGUCUGGAGACUUGUAACCCGGCUGCGUCUCCUCACUGCGCUUCACUUUCUUUCCUCCACAGGGCCAACCAUGGCGUUCAGGAAGGCUCUGAAGCGGACGGCGGUCAUAGGCGGCGGGGCGGUCGCUGCAGUGUUUGGCCUGUCUCAGCUCAUGGAGUACAGGAAGACUCAGGUAAGUCCAGUGGAAACACGUCCUCUCAGCUUGUGCUGCGUUGCUUUUUGUUGUUGCACGAGUUCAAGAUUUCCAGUUUUGCAGGAUUUGAGUGCAGAUCCAUUUAAAAGCAAACACGAUUUUCUGUCACUCUGAAUUUUUUCGACACUUUUCCAUCUCAGAAGGUAAAAAACUUUGAGAUGUUUGUUUAAUCUGAGCUGAAAAAUCCUACAAAGCAGUGAAGGAGCGUCUCACCGGGCAUGUCCUGUCUCGAUCUAGGAAUGCGCUCUCUGUCGUCCACAAAGUCUGUUUACCUUUUUUUUUUUAAUCAUCUGCUUCCUGUUGUGCAGCAUGCUUCAGCUCACUGCACCAGACCCCGAGCUGCUCAGGAAUGAUGUGAAAUCAGACUUUUACAGGCCCAGGUAACGGAGACGCUGUAGGGAGGGGCAGGUGUCGAGUUAUUCAUGGAGAAACGCAGGAUUAGAAAUGACAGAGAAGUUACAGGAAGAAGGUCUGCUGUUGAGUUUCUGUUUGUUUACCUGCAGUUCAUGAGCCUGUGUGCAGCUGUCUCACCAAACUGAACAUAGAGACAGGUAUCAGGCAGCCAGAGGACAGUUCAGGUCCCAGAGUCGGUUCAGUUCAGGUCCCAGAGUCGGUUCUGUUCAGGUCCCAGAGUCGCUUCAGUUCAGGUCCCAGAGUCGGUUCAGUUCAGGUCCCAGAAAUGCUUCAGUUCAGGUCCCAGAGACGGUUCAGUUCAGGUCCCAGAGUCGGUUCAGUUCAGGUCCCAGAGUCGGUUCAGUUCAGGUCCCAGAGUCGGUUCAGUUCAGGUCCCAGAGACGGUUCAGUUCAGGUCCCAGAGUCGGUUCAGUUCAGGUCCCAGAGUCGCUUCAGUUCAGGUCCCAGAGUCGGUUCAGUUCAGGUCCCAGAGUCGGUUCUGUUCAGGUCCCAGAGUCGGUUCUGUUCGAGUGAAGACAUGAACUGGUCUACAGCAGGACUUCUUUUCAGAUCCAGGUCCUGUCAUGAUGACCUUCACCGUUCCACUGAGGAGUUUUCUCGUGUUUUCCUGUCAUGUAACUGCAGCGGGGGUGAAGCUGUUUCUCUGAGUGAUGGUUGCCAUGGAAACACAACUCCACAACAUCACCCAGCCUCUCGGCCGGUUCAGUCAUUUCACUUUGAAGAAGGAGUGAAUUCAGAGGAGUAACUGUGACAGUAACUGAGCCUGUUUUUCUGUCGGGUCUUUACGAUGUUACUGAUCAGAAGGUUCGAGUUCUGGACUUGGUCCUGAAACUCCUGGGUCUGUCUGGGUCUUGAAUGGCUCUUUGUAACAGGGUAGAAACUGGGUCUCUCAGCAUGACUGUGUAAAGUGAAAGAACGGUGGAAUCAGAGAGAACAGGCCGAGCUCGCUCAGGAAUCUCACCUCAUGACGGGUGACACAGAGACACUCGAAACUCCAUCAGUGACCAUCGCCGUGAGCAGAAAUAACCACGAGGUGUGACUGCGGUAAACGGACAGCAGGCAGCUGUGUGUUCCCCUGACCUUUGACCUGGUCUGGGCCUAUUUCAGGCCUGCCUCACAGCUACAUACCAGCCUUUAUGUGACUGUACAUCCUAAUGUGAACUCUGUUUUGUGUCCUGACACCGUACCUCUGUUCGCACCCCUCCGUCCUCUGCGCCCAGACUGGAUUGGUAAGCACAGCAGUCGACCUGAUGAAUUACAUUUAUUUUCACAAUAGUUUGUAAUCAUGCAUGCCUCUAAUCCCAGUAAUUGCACCUCUGAUGACAGCAGCGUCCGUCUUGUCUCCUCACAAGGGCGUAUGGCUUGGAGAAGUUUUCACUUCGACGGCGGCCGAUUGGCUAUUAGCAUGGGCCGCGCUGUGCCUUAACUUGAUUACGGGGGCCACGCUGGCGCUUAAUUCUGCAGUGGUGUCUGUGCAUCAUCAGAAAUAGACAAUGAUUAUAUCACCGUCUUUGUUUGCGGUCGCAGGCGCAAAUUACAAACGCCCGCCUCUAUUUGCAAGUCAAAUGCGGUGUUUGCUUCAAAGCAGCUUGAUGCAAUCAUUUAGCUCCAACUGCUAAAUGGAAGAAUGAAUAAAUCUUUCAUUAGAGGUGAAAUCCCACCUCAUCACAUCAGAGGGGAGCUGUGCUUUUCUUUAUUUGCUGUCAUUCUCUCCUUAAAUUCAUUACUCUGCUAAUCAAACUGUAGACGCUCAGAGACGCUGGUGUGUUUUUGUUUUCUGUUUCAGAGCUGAGCAGCAUGUGGCAGCGCGUAGUCACCCUCAUCAAACUUUCCUCUCCCACUAAUCACACGACCACUGUCCUCUGACCGACACUUGAGGUGAAACUGAGACAUCAUGAGCGAAGCGUACGAUCCCGUCCAGGAAUGAGCUUCAGAUUACUAAUCUGAGAGAGAGAUUAAGAGCUCAUCCUUGGAGGGACAAACUUUGAAUGAACGAGUGAACUCUGUCCAUGUGUCAGAUUUGAAAUCGAUUAGGGAUGGGAAUUGAUUAUAAAGUAUAUUAAGUAAAUAACAAAGACUAAAUACAUAUAUAGACAUAGGGCAAGGUGUUGUGCCGCAUUCAGUCCGGGGCAUGCGGGGGUUGGGAUGGGGGUCUGGGGGCCUGGGGGGAUGCAGGCGGGUCUCGCGCGAGUGGGAAGGGACCCGAGGUGGUCCACAAAUCCCUUCUUCUUCUUCUUCUUCUUCUUCUUCUUAUUAUUACUAUUAUUGUUGUUAUUAUUAUUAUUGUUAUUAUUAUUAUUAUUAUUAUUAUUAUUAUUAUUAUUAUUAUUGUUAUUAUUAUUAUUAUUAUUAUUAUUAUUAUUAUUAUUAUUAUUAUUAUUAUUAUUAUUAUUAUUAUUAUUGUUCGUGUAGUAUAAUUUUCUUUUUCUUUUGCUUGUCUGACAAUUGUAAUAUUUAUUUAUUUAUUUAUUUUUAUUAUUAUUCACAUAUAUACUAUAUACUUGUAUUGUCACACUGCACAAAUUUAAAAAAAAAAAAAAAAAGGGAAUUGAUAAGAUGUUAUCGAUUGAUUUAAGGAUUCCCUUAUCAAUGUCUUUCUCCGAUCAAAAACAAAAGUAGACUUUAGGUUUUUCACCGUUGACUCCAGAUUUGAGUCUCUGAUAACAGAAAAAGAUGUACGUCAGUGAGAGUCUGAAAAUAAUCAAACAGAAUACUUUUUAACAGCGUUUACUUCCGUCAGUAUAAAGUCAAAUUAGGGGGACCACAUUCUGGAGCCCCAAAAAGACGACACUGCUACGGGGGGUGGAGUCACUCCAACAACACGUUUCCAACUCAGUCAGUCUGACAUGCUACACAAAUUCAAAACGUCCAUAAAAAAACCCCGGACAUUUGACAUUUAUGAGUCACACACUUCCUGCUUACUUUUCGUACCUCCACCACGUUUCUUAAAGUCUCUGGUCCCUCAGAAGACCGUUUUUCAGGCGCCUGGAGAAAAGAAUCGUCGAGGGAAUCGUUGAGAUAAAACAUCAAUGAUGUCGAUGGAUUAAACCAUUCCCAUCCCUAAAAUUAAUCAGGGUAUAAUUUUCAGAUAUCUGCAGAAUAAAGACAGUCACUCAGACCUGACUGUGGUCACUGUGUCGACCUCUUCAACAUGGAGGGUGAAUUUAUUACAGCUCAGUGUGAGGCCGACAACCACCUCAUUACACUUUCACCUGAUAUACAUUCUGUAUGAAGAUGAUUGGGAGUCACACACACACACACACACACACACACACACACACACACACACACACACACACGGAUGAUGCUCAUGAUGUCUCAGACCUCAAAGGGAGUGUUGCUGCUUUUAUUUAACGUUGAACAAAGUUUUGCAUGAUUGAUGAUGAUGAUGAUAAUAUUAUAUUUAUUGUUGUUAUUAUUAGUCCUCUCUCUCUCUCUCUCUCUCUCUCUCUCUCUCUCUCUCUCUCUCUGUGUGGUGACGCUGUUGUGUCUGUGUCGAACCCAGGCCCGCUUAGCUCAUGUGGCUGCAGAAGCAGAGCUACAGGUCCCCUUCGCGGACGAGUUCCCCUCUCGGCAGGCGCAGCUCGCCAAGCUGCAGAACACCGAGGAGUUCGACGUCCUGGUCGUGGGAGGCGGAGCCACGGGGGCGGGAUGUGCCUUAGAUGCUGUCACACGCAGUAAGAUCCCCGUCUGUACGCCGUCCUCACUGUGAUGUCACAGGUAUCACUCUGCAGAGGAAACGCCUGACACGCUGGCAGAUGACCAGCUGGAGAGAGUCCCAGUGUGACGCUGAGGAAGGACCUGAGGCCAUCCAGCAGGACACACACACACACACACACGCGCGGCACCCACUGAGACUCCGCCCACUUUUACAGCCAGUUCACAACAUGAGCUUUUUUCUUCUGACGUUGGUGAAGUUGGAUGUGCUCUCGUAGAGGAUUUCAUCGUUCGUUGAUCUUGAAUAAAGUCUGAAUUCAAAUCUCUUCUUAUCCUCCUUUUCUUCAGACCUCAAAACUGCCCUCGUGGAGAGAAGCGACUUCUCUUCAGGGACGAGCAGUCGCAGCACAAAGCUGAUCCACGGCGGCGUCCGCUAUCUCCAGAAGGCCAUCAUGAACGUGGACUACGAACAGGUCUCUCUGCGGCCCUGUCUUUAGAUCUUGGUGGUUUUUUCUCGGUUUCCUUCACCCUCUUCUCCUCUCCUGUCCUCUCAAACAGUACAUGAUGGUGAAGGAGGCCCUGCAUGAGCGAGCCAACCUCCUGGAGAUCGCACCUCACCUGUCUGCACCGCUGCCAAUCAUGCUUCCUGUUUACAAGUGAGUCCACGCUCUACCUGAGGGAAGGUGGGACAGUGCCGAUCACGUGACAAACAUGUUCCCUCCUCAGAUGGUGGCAGCUGCCUUACUACUGGGCGGGGAUCAAGAUGUACGACCUGGUGGCUGGGAUCCAGUGCCUGAAGAGCAGCUACAUCCUCAGUAAGAGCAAAGCUCUGGAGCUGUUCCCCAUGCUGAAGAAGGACAAGCUGGUGGGAGCCAUCGUCUACUACGACGGUGAGUGAGCACGCCAUGGUCGUGUGUGGACGCUCAUCUCAAACACUGUUGCUCUCUCCUGUCAUGACUCCUUCCCUCAGUGACGGUGAGUCUGCCAUCAGCAUGUUCACCUUAGUACACCAUCUAACCAUAAACAGGAAGUCAGGGGGACUCUUCUCUUCAGAACAUCUGAAGGUCUUCCCUGAAAAACUCUUUGUCUGGAUGGACGCAGAUGUUCGUCCUAAACCUUCAUGCUGCUUAGAGAGGACACGAUUUCUGAAAAGAAGAAGUUUAAUCACAGAAAAAUAACCGGCCGCUGAAUUUAAAAACCCGUCCCUGCUUUGGUUCCUACUGAAACAGGAUAAACUGCAGAAGAAGAAGAAGAAGACGACGCUCUUGGUGCAGAGCAGCAUAUGUUUGAUUUCCACCUCCCACCCCUCCUCCAUCACCCUCCAUCAUCUGCUGCUGCUGCGAGGGGGAGGGGUGGAGCGUCUUUUCUCCAAUUAUGCCGUCUGGAACAAUCACGCCGGUGACAUUUCAAAAUCUGACCUUCUCUCCCGGCGAUGUAGAGCGCGGAGGAGCGUUGUUGGCGGUCGGAGCGUCUGAGCAGCAGCAGCAGCAGAUAUUUGUGCGGAUGUCUGGGUGACUCCUGCAGAAACAACAACAGAGGGAGGAGGAGGUGUUUGUUCUCACACGGUCCUUCAGCGCCGUCUGUGGGGUUCAUGUCCGUCUGUACGGCACACAGACGAAACAGACUCAUGACAUUUACUCCGUCACCUCCACGUCUCCAGAGAAGCUUUAAAUCAGCGCCCCUCCUCAUAAUCCCUCACUUUAAGCACCUCCUUUAACUCCUCUAUCUCCUCAUUUUUAAGGUCAGCACAACGACGCCCGGAUGAACCUCGCCAUCGCCCUUACCUCUGCUCGGUAUGGCGCCGCCGUCGCCAACUACACUGAAGUGGUCCACCUACUGAAGACCAAGGACCCUGAGACGGGCGGCGAGAGGGUGUGUGGAGCUCACUGCAGAGACGUCAUCACAGGUAAGACUCACCUGGACAGGUCUUAGAAACCUACCAGGAAUGAAGACCCUGAACCUGAUCCACUUUCUGACCCGUUUCCACUUCCUUCUCUCAGGAAACCAGUUUGACGUGAGGGCCAAGUGUGUGAUCAACGCCACCGGACCCUUCACAGACUCUCUGAGGAAGAUGGACAACCAGGAGACGGCAAACAUCUGCCAGCCGAGCGCCGGCGUCCACAUCGUCAUCCCCGGUUACUACAGGUACCAAAGGUUCCUGGUAUUUCCCUGACAGAGCUCUGUGCAGCCCUCCAUCAGUGUCCCUUCUUCAGUGUCCCUCCUUCAGUGUCCCUCCAUCAGUGUCCCUCCAUCAGUGUCCCUCCUUCAGUGUCCCUCCAUCAGUGUCCCUCCUUCAGUGUCCCUCCAUCAGUGUCCCUCCUCCAGUGUGAGCGCAGAUAUGAGCUGACAUAUAACUUCAUACACAGGACGCUCUCCUCUGCUCCAGGACAGAGAAAUGGAGACGCUUUUUAAAGUUCAGCUUAUAGAGCGAAACCCCAGGGAGCCCGAAACCUUUGAAGGGGCCGCACAAAUGCCAAACACCUCCUCCUCCUCCUCCUCCUCCUCCUGCUGCCACUAUCUGUCCCCUCACCACCUCCUCCUCCUCCUCCUGCUGCCACUAUCUGCCCCCUCACCACCUCCUCCUCCUCCUCCUCCUCUUCCUCCUCCUCCUCCUCCUGCUGCCACUAUCUGUCCCCUCACCUCCUCCUCCUCCUCCUCCUCCUCCUCCUGCUGCCACUAUCUGUCCCCUCACCACCUCCUCCUCCUUCUUCUCCUGCUGCCACUAUCUGUCCCCUCACCACCUCCUCCUCCUCCUCCUGCUGCCACUAUCUGUCCCCUCACCACCUCCUCCUCCUCCUCCUGCUGACACUAUCUGUCCCCUCACCACCUCCUCCUCCUCCUCCUCCUGCUGCCACUAUCUGUCCCCUCACCACCUCCUCUCCUCCUCCUCCUCCUGCUGCCACUAUCUGUCCCCUCACCACCUCCUCCUCCUCCUCCUCCUCCUGCUGCCACUAUCUGUCCCCUCACCUCCUCCUCCUCCUCCUCCUCCUCCUCCUCCUGCUGCCACUAUCUGUCCCCUCACCUCCUCCUCCUCCUCCUCCUUCUCCUCCUGCUGCCACUAUCUGUCCCCUCACCUCUUCCUCCUCCUUCUCCUCCUGCUGCCACUAUCUGUCCCCUCACCACCUCCUCCUCCUCCUCCUGCUGCCACUAUCUGUCCCCUCACCACCUCCUCCUCCUCCUCCUUCUCCUCCUGCUGCCACUAUCUGUCCCCUCACCUCCUCCUCCUCCUCCUCCUCCUCCUCCUCCUGCUGCCACUAUCUGUCCCCUCACCUCCUCCUCCUCCUCCUCCUUCUCCUCCUGCUGCCACUCUCUGUCCCCUCACCACCUCCUCCUCCUCCUCCUCCUGCUGCCACGCUCUGUCCCCUCACCUCCUCCUCCUCCUCCUCCUCCUGCUGCCACUAUCUGUCCCCUCACCUCCUCCUCCUCCUCCUCCUUCUCCUCCUGCUGCCACUCUCUGUCCCCUCACCUCCUCCUCCUCCUCUUCCUCCUGCUGCCACUAUCUGUCCCCUCACCUCCUCCUCCUCCUCCUGCUGCCACUCUCUGUCCCCUCACCUCCUCCUCCUCCUCCUCCUUCUCCUCCUGCUGCCACUCUCUGUCCCCUCACCACCUCCUCCUCCUCCUCCUCCUCUCUGGCUCCCAUAAAAACCCUCUUCCUGUCUUUUAUCGACCCACAGCCCAGACAACAUGGGUCUCCUCGAUCCAGCCACAAGUGACGGGCGCGUCAUCUUCUUCCUGCCCUGGGAGAAAAUGACCAUCGCCGGGACGACGGACACGCCCACUAACGUGACAGCCCACCCAAUCCCGGGAGAGGACGACAUCAACUUCAUCCUGAGGGAGGUCCGAAACUACCUCAGCCCUGACGUGGAAGGUACGAAUGUUUGAUGAUGGUGUGAAAAAAAGAGGAAGUUCUGGGAGUGAGGAGACCCGGUUAAUCGACCCGCGGCGUUUUAAUUUACCCUCACACUCGUUAAACUCUCGUGUUUGACCAGAACGUCUCCACAGUUUGUCCCCGAGUGUGUAGAUGAGGAAGGUUUGAUUUCAUCAGUCUGAGAAAGUCACUCAUCUUUACUUUAAGGCCUCUCGGCUCUGGUUCUGGUUCUGGUUCUGAUGUGCUUUUGUGGUCCACAGUGCGCCGAGGAGACGUGUUGGCGGCGUGGAGCGGCAUCCGUCCUCUGGUGACGGACCCGAACUCCAAAGACACUCAGUCCAUCUGCAGGAACCACAUCGUCAGCAUCAGCGACAGCGGGCUGGUCACCAUCGCAGGUCAGUGAACCCGGAACCUCCGCGGACUCUGUGAUAACCGCGGUAACCAUGGUAACCGCAGCUUUCUAUUCUCCGCCCAGGGGGGAAGUGGACCACCUACCGGUCCAUGGCGGAGGAGACUCUGGACGCGGCCGUCAAAUCUCACGACCUCCCGGCCAAACCCUGCAAGACGGUGGGUCUGAUGCUGGAGGGAGCGAAGGGCUGGACGCCGACGCUCUACAUCCGCCUGGUGCAGGACUACGGACUGGAGAACGAGGUGAGGACUCAGAACACGGACUCAGGCUGAGAGAGAGAGAGGGGGGGAGGGGGGAGAGAGAGAGAGGGAGAGAGAGACAGAGACAGAGAGAGAGAGGGAGAGGGAGACAGACAGACAGACAGACAGAGACAGAGAGAGAGAGAGAGAGAGAGAGAGGGAGGUCUGAACCAGUCAGGGUUUUAGAAGAGGAGAGGACUCAGCUGCUCACACACACACCCUCACACACACCCUCACACACACUCUCACACACACACACCUCACACACACACACACCCUCACACAGACACCCUCACACACACACACACACUCACACACACACCCUCACACACCCUCUCACACACACUCUCACACACACACACCCUCACACACACCCUCACACACUCUCACUCACACACACACACACACACUCACACACACACACACUCACACACACACACACCCUCUCACACCCUCACACACCCUCACUCUCACUCACACCCUCACACACACCCUCACACUCACACACACACACACCCUCACUCACACACACCCUCUCACACACACCCUCUCACACACACCCUCUCACACACACCCUCACACUCACACACACACACACCCUCUCACACUCACCCUCACACACCCUCACCCUCUCACAUACACACUCUCACACACACCCUCACUCACCCUCACACACCCUCACUCUCACACACACUCUCACACACACCCUCACUCACACCCUCACACUCUCACACACACCCUCACUCACUCACACUCACCCUCACACACCCUCUCUCACACCCUCACCCUCUCCUGUGACAUUAAAGCUGCUGCAGGAACUACACUGACAUUUCUGCUGCACUAAAGACUCACACAGGUGGAGCUGCUCUCUGCGCUCCUAUCAGCAGCAGUAAGUAAGGCCGCAUUGAUUUACAUCUCCUACACGCCUCCUCUCCAAUAAUUAGGCCCGGCGUUUUCCUGAAACCCGAUAGAACACGGUUUCACGGAGGAAAAGUCCCGGUGCCGUCUACUUACUCCUCAUUAGAGCCGCUCUGCAGCGAAACGCCGUAAAGGUCACUGUUGAUAUUUGGACGGCGUUUGCCCUUUCCUAUGAUCUGCACGCCCACAUCUGAAUCGCAAAUCAGCCUCUCAUGUUCUGUAAACACAUGACCACUCGGACCUGCUGCAGACCCCCCCGUUUCAGUCCGGCGGUGUGUUCAGGUGUCGGGUUAGUCGAACAUUAAAGCUUCAGUCGUGAGUUUUUCACCCUGAUUCUGCGUCUGAACUGAAACCUCGAACUGUGACCGACCACAUCGUCUUUCCCUCUGCGCACAGGUGGCCCAGCACCUGGCCGCCACCUACGGAGGAAAGGCUUUCGAUGUGGCCAAGAUGGCUCAGGUCACCGGACAAAGAUGGCCGAUCGUUGGGAAGAGACUGGUGUCCGAGUUUCCGUACAUCGAAGGCGAGGUGAGUCCAGAUUUCAGCCUCUUUUCUUCGCUCUUUUUCGUUUCCAGUUAACCUUUCAUGGUUUUCUUCUCUCAGGUGUUGUACGCCAUUAAGGAGUACGCCUGCACGGCCAUCGACGUGAUCGCCAGACGGACACGUUUGGGCUUCCUGAACGUGCAGGCGGCUGAUGAAGCCCUGCCUCGCAUCGUGCAGAUCAUGGGGAAGGAGCUGGGCUGGAGCGAGGAGAAGAAGACGGUGAGUGAAAACAGGCUUUCCUCCACACAAUGCUCCGCUCCCUGGUGGUUUCUUCAGGUUGUGAUUGUGUUUCUUCUGCGAUCAGUGCACAAUAGAGGAGGUCCACACCCUGUUCGCCCUCAGAGAAGAGGCCCUGUGUUUGCAUGAAAGAGAAGAAAUGAUAUGUGUGUGCAUGAAAGCUGAACUCUGAGCUAUUUUAAGAUCUCAUUGUUAGGUGGGGACACAGAGAACUCUCGCCGCAGCACAAACAUCAACCCAAAACCUCCGACCGUUGAACGGCGGUUUGAUAAAGACGGAUGUUUCCACUCUGAGCUGAUGACCCGUGUUUCUAUGAAGACGUAUCUGACGUCUGCACAGACUCCUGAUCAUUCUGCUCAUGUGUCCCUCAGGCCGAGCUCGAGGCGGCUAAGAAGUUCCUGUACCAUGAGAUGGGCUACAGGUCGCGCUCUGAGCAGCUGACCAAGACGUCUGAGAUCAACCUGGACUACCAGGAGGUGGUCAGGUAAAGGUUCCUCCUCCUGUGAAAUGUGACUUUAAUGAACGAAUCCAAAGAUCAGACAGAGGAGGUUAAAUCUGUGAAUAAUCUGUGUUCAGGUAUAAGAAGCGUUUCCACAAGUUUGACAAAGAGAGUAAAGGAUUCAUCACCACGGUGGACGUGCAGCAGGUUCUGGAUGUGAGUCCUCCCUCUCCAUCUCUCUCUCCUUCUUUUUCUCGUCCUCCUUUCUUUUCCUCUUUACUCACCGCUCGUCUCUCUGCUCGGUUUUUCACGCUCUCUCUCUCUCUCCUUCCUGGUUUCUGCAGAGCAUCAACGUCCAGAUUGAUGAAAACGCUCUGCAUGAGAUCCUGAACGAGGUGGACCUGAACAAGAACGGACAGGUGGAGAUCGAUGAAUUCCUGCAGGUAUGAAACUCUGACCUCUGAGCGUUUUUUCUGUCACUGCACCACUUUAGAUUCUUCUCAACGAACGGUUCAGAGUCCGGGGUUUAACGUGCAGCAGACCUUUUCUACGUGUUUGAGGAGAGGAGGCGUUUCUCCGUGUAGUUCUGUAUCAUUUAUGACAAUUAAGAGUUUUUAUGUAUUCACUCGCCUUUAAAAGAAGGACAAAACAUUAGGUCCUAAAGAGCAGGUCCCAGGAUUGUUCUAGAAAACAGAUGUUUCAGUUCGACGUGGAUUUUUCCUCUUCUGCCGGUUUGAUCAGGAUCUGAAUUUGUUUUUAAAAAUGAGGAUCUGCAGGAAAACCUUCACAGAUGUUCGUCCUAUUAAAGGUUAACACCUCUGUCAGUACCUGCAGAACCGACAGGGCUGGAGACGUGAAGACCGGAUAAUAGAAACCCCGGGGACCAGGGUCCAUCACACACACACACACACACACACACACACACUUCUUAUUUCCGUGUCUGAUCCCGGGUUUCGGACUCCUCUCUGAUCAGACCAGAUCAGCUGUUCUCAGGUCGGUGGUUUCACAGAUCCUGUUGCAGCACGUUGACAUGUCGUUAAAGAGGAGAGCGGAUCUUCCUCCUCCUCCUCCUCCUCCUGCUAACAGGAGGUGUGAAGUCCUCACUAAUUAAAGAGGAGAGUCUCCAACAGCAGCUCCUAAUGAGGCCUGAAGAGUGUCCGAUAACUGACUGUCUCACCCGCGUCCAGAGGAGGAGUCAUUACAGACCAGCUGAUGAGGUCUUCAUUAGAGAGGAGCUGCAGAAAACCUCCAGACGGAUGUUUCAACUGUCUGUAGUUCCAUGUGUCUGUAGUUUCAUGUGUCUGUAGUUUCAUGUGUCUGUAGUUCCAUGUGUCUGUAGUUUCAUGUGUCUGUGGUUCCAUGUGUCUGUAGUUUCAUGUGUCCGUAGUUUCAUGUGUCUGUAGUUCUAUGUGUCUGUAGUUUCAUGUGUCUGUAGUUUCAUGUGUCUGUAGUUUCAUGUGUCUGUAGUUCCAUGUGUCUGUAGUUUCAUGUGUCUGUAGUUCCAUGUGUCUGUAGUUUCAUGUGUCUGUAGUUUCAUGUGUCUGUGGUUCCAUGUGUCUGUAGUUCCAUGUGUCUGUAGUUUCAUGUGUCUGUAGUUUCAUGUGUCUGUAGUUUCAUGUGUCUGUAGUUCCAUGUGUCUGUAGUUCCAUGUGUCUGUAGUUUCAUGUGUCUGUAGUUCCAUGUGUCUGUAGUUUCAUGUGUCUGUAGUUCCAUGUGUCUGUAGUUUCAUGUGUCUGUAGUUUCAUGUGUCUGUAGUUCCAUGUGUCUGUAGUUUCAUGUGUCUGUAGUUUCAUGUGUCUGUAGUUUCAUGUGUCUGUAGUUUCAUGUGUCUGUAGUUUCAUGUGUCUGUAGUUUCAUGUGUCUGUAGUUUCAUGUGUCUGUAGUUUCAUGUGUCUGUAGUUCUGGAUGGCCCCUGUUUUGACUGUGCUGAUGCUGAAUGUCUGUUUUGUCUGUGUGUAUCCGUCUGACCUUCACGGCCUCGUCUUAGAGACCUCCAACAGGUAGAGUACUCGAUGGAAACAGACACGUCUGUAGUUCAAACCUUUGACUUUAACAAUAAAGGGACAUUUCACUGAACUGAGGUCCUGUGGUGAACGGAGGCGAGGACAAACACGAGUGUGACAGAGGUGUCGAAGCUGAACCAGAGAAGCUCCGAGAAUAUAAACGCUCUGAUUUCAUGUUGUUCCUGCUGUCAGCGAAGUUCAUCAGAGACUGAAACAAACUGACCUUCAUCUUCAAAUCUUCAUCUCUGCUCUGAGUAACGACCCAUUUUUUAAUGAGUGGUUUAAGAGCCGGCCUCUAGUGGACACUGGAGGACCUGCAGGGUCAGAGUUUUAAAGACGGUUCACUCCUCAGCAGAAAGUAGUCCCUGCGGAUGUGGUCGUGUUUGUUUCACUCUGAGAGGAUCUGCUGACAGCUGGAAACAUCCAGAAUCAUCCUGAAGGAGUCUUCAGUCAGACCCGUCCACAGACAUGGGGAGGUGGUCCGGGUUCGAGGUGACCGUGUUGGACAGGUCUCCACUUUGGUUUCAUCAGGUGACGGAUUCUAGUUCAGCUUGGACACGCAGACAAACACCGGGGGUGUGGGGGUCCGGGUCUAGUCUGGGUCCGGGUUAUAAAGGUGGUCGUCGGUCGUCGUUGUUGUGGGUAUUUCUGAGGACCUGGAGGUAGUUUUGCCCUCAGUUUGGUUUGACAGGUUCACCUUGAUUCGCCCUGACGCUCUCUGCCUUCUCCCAUGCAGCUGAUGAGCGCCGUGAAGAAGGGGCUCCUGUCCGACAGCCGCCUCGCCAUCCUGAUGAAAUCUGCCGAGGAGACUCUGGAUAAGAGAGGCCCGGUGACGGUGGACCGCAGCGGGGGCGGAGUCUAACACCAGCGAGGAGGAUUUGUGGUCAUUUAAAAGGCGAGGAGGGCGAAUGCAAACCGCUCCAUCUGAAUGACAAUAACACAAUCAAGGCUGCGGAGACGAGUUCAGCCAAUCAGCAUCACUCCUGAGUGUUGGGAGUGAAUCUGAUGAUGGAGGCGGAGUUUCUUUGUCAUCAUCAGGUGCCUCUGGUUCCACGCUCUGUCUUUAACCUCUUUUCUACUGUCGUUAAACCAACACUCACCCUUCAUCUGCAGACCUCCACACCAAGCUCUUCAGGUGGGCCUCAUCUCACAGGUCCUCGUCUCCUCAGCUCCAAGAAACACAAACACGUCUUUAAUAUCAGGCUCACAUUUUGACCCAAAGUACCAGGAACUUUGAUCUUCAGUGAAUGUAACCCAGAACAGCUGGACUGAAAGAGUCCGGUCAGAACCCGAACCCUCGUCUUCCUGCCUGCGUUCCCAUCUCUUGCACUAAAAUGAACCAGUACUGACACUGAGGUUAGGGGGCGGGGUUUAGCUGUUACCCAUAGACUGUAUCUAGAAUGGACGCCGUCUGCCUCCUCCUCCACUCUGAGAACAGCGCCCUCUGCAGUAUAGGUCCUAAACCCCGCCUCCUUAUGGAGCUGUGGACAAACUUUCUAAAUGAAUGACACAGAAUAUAAAUGUUUCUCCCCCCUGGUUGUGAUGUUGACAUGUAGUUACUGUCAGACUGGUUUGUGCUCAAGUCCUCUUUUUUCUGUACAGCUCCAUUUUUAAAAGUUAUUAGGGGGUUCAUGUUUUCUAUGAUUGACACCUGAUACAGCCAAUGGGAGGACAGAGAUUGAGGAGAUCACCGGGGGAUACGCUGUUUGAGCCGAGCGUCAUCACAGCGACUCUCCCGCCAAAUACGUACAACGCUACUGCGUAAUGUUGGUUUCAGGAAGUGGAGAAAAAUCACAGAAAUACAGAGAGCGUUUCAGCUUCAGACCUGUAACCAGGCGGGAGGCGGAGCUAAGUCGUCCAGAGUAAAUACAGUCUAUGGUGGUACCUGUGUGUCUGAAACUAAAGAUUCUAAGUGAACUAUAGAGUCCGGGUCGUAAAGGGAUCUUUGUUUCCUCGCUGCAUGCCUCUCCUCCUCCUUCUCCUCCUCCUCCUCCUCCUUCUCCUCCUCCUCCUCCUCCUCUGAGUCUGUACAGAUGAUUUUUAAAUUUCUCCUGUUUGAAGUGGAUUUCAGUCUUUUAUUUCUGUGUUUGAGGGACUUCUGCUGUUUUACGCACACCUGGUCUGUCUGCUGCAGACUGUCAGAUGAUGUAUGGAUUUAUGGAUGUUUAUAUUCAUAUAUAUUUACAGUAUAUAUAUAUAUAUAUAGUAUGGGUUGAAUUCUGCUCUGCAUGCUGAAAGCUCCUUUUUCAUGUGACGUUCAGUGAGUGAAACUGAAAGGCAAAGCACAAAGUGAAUGUAUGAUUGGUGCCUUGACGUGCCUCUGAGACAUUUUCACUCCGACACAAAGACAGGACCGUGUUUAAGGACGUUCAAAGACCAGCUGGUAGAAAAAGAGAAAAGUAUUCCAGAUGUCUCCGUGUGUUUUUUGUCGAGCAGAGAGAGUGAGCCGCCGUGUUGGAGGAGUCCAGGACUUUAAGGUCUGAAACACUCCCCUCCAACCACCAAAGGAGUCACCGUCAGGUCAACAAUUAAAGCUCCUGUGGGGAGAUUUUAGCUGCUCAUGAAGUUACCCACUGGAGCUUUAAAAGGAACAUCAAAUAAAUCAAGUCAAUAAAAAUCCCCAGCUCUGUUUUUGAGCUUUCCUUACUGUUUUUAAGAACAGGUUUGGGUGUUAUUUCCCCUGAAAUUUGUCUCUCAGGCUGUUAAAAACCUGAUGACCCGGCUCUGAAGGUGGUCACAGAGAUCCCGGUCCUGGUCCUCCAACACGGCCGGCCUGGCUCUGGAUCUGUCUCUGAACCUUUUAUAUUGUAAAAGUGUUUGUUUGUGUGUUUCUUCACUGCCUUCAUCUUAAAGUUUAUACUCAGAUUUUCUGCA